ACCAGCAUGAUCCAAGCCAGCAACCAAGUUUUUAUCGAAGUCGGCAAAUACAAAGAAAACUUGGUGGCUGUGAAGAUGGUUCAUAAGGAGACGCUGACACCAAGUAGAUCGGAUCUCAUCGAAUUGAAACAGAUGUGCGAGAUGAAGCAAGAAAACCUGAGCCUAUUCAUCGGCGCCUGUAUUGAUCCACCUCAUAUCUGCGUUUUGUACCAGUAUUGUCCUAAAGGAAGUUUACAGGAUAUAUUAGAAAACGACGAUAUAAAACUAGACUGGGUGUUCAAAUAUUCCCUCAUCAGCGAUAUAGUUAACGGAAUGACCUACCUUCAUUCGUCCCCGUUAAAGAGUCAUGGUCGUCUUAAAAGCACGAACUGCGUGGUAGACAGUAGAUGGCUGUUAAAAAUAACGGAUUACGGACUUAACAACAUGUUACAAGGGCAGACUUCUGCUCACCUGCAGGGAGAGUAUGAACAGCACAGAAGAAUGCUAUGGACAGCGCCGGAGAUCCUCCGCCAAUCACAACCACCUCCGAACGGCACUCAAACCGGCGACGUCUACAGUUUCGGGAUUAUUCUCCACGAAGUAUGUUUCAGACUUGGUGUGUUUGGAUCCGUGAAAAAUACACCCAAAGAAAUCAUUGAAAACAUACGCAAUGCGACAGUACCACCUUUUCGCCCCCCUCUUCACGAAGUGUGCACGAACGUCGACCAAUACCUGAUCGUCCUCAUGGAUUUAUGUUGGAAUGAACUGCCCCAAAGGCGACCCGAUUUUCAAGCUGUUAAACGUAUACUGAAGAACCAUAACAAGGGACAUAAAGGGAAUAUUAUGGACAAUAUGUUGAAGAUGAUGGAAAAGUAUGCUAACAAUCUGGAAGAUUUGGUCGAACAGAGAACACAGGAAUUGGUCCAAGAGAAAAAGAAAACCGAUAAGCUGUUAUAUAGAUUGCUACCGCCGCUUGUCGCCGAAAAGCUUAAAAAGGGACAAACCGUUGACCCGGAACUGUUCCCGAAGGUCACCAUCUAUUUUUCGGACAUCGUCGGUUUUACGACAAUAUCCGCCCAAUGUACGCCAAUGCAGGUUGUGGAUCUGCUCAACCAGCUGUACACACUGUUCGAUGACAUCAUAGCAUUGCAUGACGUCUAUAAGGUGGAGACAAUUGGGGACGCUUACAUGGUGGUUAGCGGCGUACCAGUGAGGAAUGGAGACCAUCACACGCGAGCUAUAGCCGACAUGGCCCUCGACAUACUCAGUGCUCUCAUGUUUUUUACCGUGCCUCACAUGCCCCAGCAGAAACUCAAGAUCCGGAUAGGGGCCCACACAGGGGCCUGCUGUGCAGGAGUUGUCGGCCUUACCAUGCCUAGAUACUGUCUGUUUGGGGAUACGGUGAACACAGCGUCCAGGAUGGAGUCAAACGGAGAGGGCCAGCGAAUUCAUAUAAGCGAAGAGACGUGUAAGGGCCUUCAGCAAACCGGAAAGUACAAGAUAUCCCCACGGGGGGAAAUCAAUAUCAAGGGUAAAGGCAUGAUGCAGACGUACUGGCUUGAGGGCAAAGAAGGGUUUAACAAGAAACUCCCAGAUCCCACCAAUAACUGAAUGUUUCGUCGUUUCUACCGUCUUGAGUUAGCUGCGAAAUCUUGGACAAUUCGUAUCAAUGUAGACGAUGGCAUGGCGCAACAUGCGGCAUCUCAGUAAGAAGGCUGUUUGGCUGUUUUCAUUGGAAAAUGGCUUAUCACUUUGCUACAUCAAUCCAUCAUCGCAUGUACUGUAAGUUUUCGUGAAUCCAUUUCACCACCAAGUGACGUCAGGGUUGAA